UUUGCAGCGGCAGAAACUGAGUGGUACCAACACACUACUUUCCCUCUAUAAAUAGGAGCCUCGUGUUCUAGGAUUUCCAUCAAUCCAACAUAGCCAUUUCUCAUUCUUCUGGAGAAAUUAAAGCCAAGAAGCCAACCAUGGCACCCAGCAAGAGUAUUAAGAGUGUGGUCAUUUGUGUUCUCAUACUGGGUUUAGUUCUGGAGCAGGUCCAGGUGGAGGGAAAAAGUUGCUGCAAGGACACGUUAGCUAGAAACUGCUACAACACUUGCCGUUUCGCGGGUGGUUCCCGUCCAGUCUGCGCAGGUGCUUGUCGUUGUAAAAUCAUAAGUGGUCCAAAAUGCCCUAGUGACUAUCCUAAACUGAAUCUUCUCCCUGAAUCCGGUGAACCAGAUGUCACUCAGUACUGCACCAUUGGAUGCAGGAAUUCUGUCUGUGACAACAUGGACAAUGUUUUCCGUGGCCAAGAGAUGAAAUUCGACAUGGGACUCUGCAGCAACGCAUGUGCCCGUUUCUGUAAUGAUGGUGCAGUCAUUCAGUCUGUUGAAGCCUAAUCAUGCCUUCUUGUGCAUGAUUUCUAUGGCCAAGGUCGUAUUGUCAUUUUGUCUUGAAUAAUCUUGAUACCAUCAGCUGUAUGGAAGCCAAUGUAUCAUCUUACUUAUGUAUUUGUCUUUUUCCCUUGUUCCAAUAAGAGUCGCCACGAUGAAUCUAUUUGUACCCUUGGCUUAAUAUAAAAGUUCCAUGGAUAUAUUAUGUGAUACACUACAAUUUUCAAA